AUGACAGGCGAUGGCUCAAGCAUAACGAGCCGCAUUAGAAAGCUGCUUCCUUCCCCAUCAGUCAAACACAGGAGAGACAGGAAGGAAAGCCUGACCAGCAAAGCAUCUUUGGAGAAAGUUCUGGGCAUCACCGCUUCAGGGAAUAGCGGCCUCGCCUGUGACCCCCACUCAGGGCUUGUGGCUUAUCCUGCUGGUUGUGUAGUAGUCCUCCUGAACCCCAGGAAGAACAGACAACAUCAUAUUAUCAACUCGUCAAGGAAGACGAUCACGGCGUUGUCCUUUUCUCCCGAUGGCAAGUAUUUGGUCACAGGAGAGAGCGGUCACCUGCCGGCUGUGCGAUUGUGGGACGUGGCAGAACGGAGGCAGGUGGCAGAGCUGCAGAAGCACAAGUAUGGCAUCUCCUGUGUAGCCUUCUCCCCCAACAGCAAGUACAUUGUCAGUGUGGGGAAUCAGCACGACAUGAUGGUCAACGUCUGGGCAUGGAAGAAAGAUGUUGUAGUGGCUGCAAACAAGGUGUCCAGUAAGGUGACGGCCGUGUCUUUCUCCAAGGACAGCUCCUAUUUUGUGACCGCUGGAAACAGACAUGUCAAAUUCUGGUACCUGGACCACUGCAAGCCUGUCAAGGCCAGCGCUCCUGUCCCCCUGCUAGGACGUUCGGGGUUGUUAGGAGAGCUGAGGAACAACUUCUUCUGCGAUGUGGCCUGUGGCCGAGGCUCGAAGUCUGACUCGACCUUCUGCAUUACUUCCUCUGGCUUGCUCUGCGAAUUCAACAGCAAGAGAAUGCUGGACAAGUGGGUGGACCUACAGACAGGACUGGCCCAGUCCCUGUCUGUAUCCGAGGAUCUGAUCUUCUGCGGCUGUGCUGAUGGAAUGGUGCGAGUCUUUAGUGCCGUUGACCUGCACUUUGUAUGCACGCUGCCCCGGCCUCAUUCCCUCGGCACCGACAUCUCAGCCGUCACCCAGGCCAGCCACCUGUUUUCCAACAAACUGGCCGUCCGGUACCCAGAUUCCAUUGCGGUGACCUACGACUGUGUCGGCCAUCGGCUCAGCUGUGUGUAUAGUGACCACAGUGUGUAUGUGUGGGAUGUGCGGGACGUCCAUCGGGUGGGAAAGGUGCACUCUGCCCUCUUCCACGCUGCCUGUGUUUGGGACCUGCAGGUAAAAACCCAGUCAGGAGGGAAAUUGAAAGCACUGAUUCAGGAGGGGCCGGAUGCCACGAUGACAUCCGGGGUGUUUCUGAGUUGCUCAGCCGAUGACACUAUUAGACUGUGGUGCAUGGAGGGGCAGACCCAAACUCAUGUUCACACACACAACAUCCUCAGCAACGAUCUGCUGAAUAUCAUCUAUGUUGAUGGAAACGCCUCCACCCUGUUGGACUCAGAGAACACCACGUGUGUGACGGCUGAGAAAGCAGGGGAUGGACAGACGCCAGAGAACAGGACAGGCAUCAGGACCAUUUGUGUCAGCCCAGAUGGUAAACACCUGGCCUCUGGGGAUCGACAUGGAAUCCUGAGGGUUCAUGACCUCAGCAGAAUGGAAGAGAUUCUGAAAAUAGAGGCCCACGAUGCUGAAAUUCUUUGUCUAGAGUAUUCCAAACCAGAAACAGUGUGUGUGCUGCUGGCCACGGCCAGUAGGGACCGUCUGAUCCAUAUCCUGAAUGCUGAGGAUGACUACACUCUGGUACAGACGCUGGAUGAGCAUUCUUCAUCCAUAACAGCCGUCCGCUUUGCUGCUAAUGACAAUAAGGUGCGGUUGAUCAGUUGUGGGGCAGACAAGAGCAUCUAUUUCCGCACAGCACACAGGACUGACAGAGGCACAGAGUUCAGGCGGUCCCACCACGUGGUCAGGAAGACCACGCUGUACGAUAUGGGCGUCGACCCCACCUGCAAGUAUGCUGCUGUGGGCUGUCAGGACCGCUGCAUCAGGAUCUUCAACAUCAGCAACGGCAAACAGAAGAAACUCUACAAAGGAUCGCUGAGUGAGGAUGGCAGUCUCCUCAGGGUUCAGACGGAUCCCUCUGGUCAAUACGUUGCCACCAGCUGCUCAGAUAAGAAUAUCAGUAUCUUUGACUUCCACACAGGAGAAUGUGUGGCCACAAUGUUUGGACACUCCGAGAUUGUCACUGGGAUGAAGUUUACCAAUGACUGCAAGCAUCUGAUUUCAGUAUCUGGGGAUAGUUGUAUCUUUGUAUGGCGACUGGCUCCAGAACUGACAAUCAACAUGAGGGAGAGGCUCUGCCAACUGAGACGAAACCUCAUUACAUCACACUGCAAAAUCUCCACUCUGAGGAGAGAGAUGUACAGCGCCCCCUGUCUGGCCGGUUUGUCUUCAGAUAGUGACCAUGAGCAGGAAGACAGAGCAGAGCACAACGACUCCAAUGACUCAGAAGACAUCCUAACUAACACUUCUGACAGCAGCAAUGGGGAGGAGGAUGCAGGUGGUUCAGACGAAAGCCAGGAAUGGAAGCCAACAAAGGUGGGAGGUAGCAACCCAAUAACCCCAGACACCACCAAGCGUCCACGGAGGCGCUGGUCCCAUCGUAUGGGCUCCCUGGAGCUGAUGGUCAAAUCGAUGCUCGACCUGAGACAGCUGGACACCUCCCACAAGAAAGGCCUCCACAACAAAGACGUCGGGAGCACCUCCAGCCUGCAGGAGCCCUUACUGUUGGAGGAGAGGGCUAAGAAACGCUGGCAGUGGCCACAGACCGACUGGCUGUCCUCACACAUAUCCAAGGGCUCCAAGGGGGCCGAUGGAGCUCCGCUUUGCACCGACAGGAAUGAGGACAACAGAAGUCUAUACAGCAGUGACUACCUGGCGGAGGGGCAGCCGUGUGAGAUGUCGGUGCGAGGGAGCUGUGAUGAGGCAAGUGAGGACAGCCAGAGUCCAGACAGUGCCUGCUCGCUGGGCUACGACAGCUGGGAGACUACACCCAACUACAUCUUUGACGAUUCAGACGAUAUAGAGUCGCUGAACCAGGACAGCUCUGAUGAGGAGCGAGGAGACAGGGAGGAGGAGGAGGAGAGGAAGAUGGAAGUGACAAGCAUAGAUGAGGCUUUAAGGACAGUGACGGAUGCUCCUGACUGCUGCCAUGAGGACUUCCUAAAGCAAAACUUUGAGACACUGGCAGACAACAGCAACAUGGUCUCAUCACCAAAUCAACAGAGCGGGGUCCCGAGGGUCAGCAUGUCCUCGCGCUUCCUGGCCAGAGGACACAAUAAUAGGAGGGUGCCUCUGUUUGCCAAGUCACAUGAAAAGGAUCCAGAGAGCCGGUCUGCUAAGCCCCCUGUGUCCAAAGUGCGGCCAUUGAUGGAAGGGGGCCAGGACAGAGGCCCAGAAGACAAGACCCCCAGGUCCCCCAGUGGGAUAGAAGAGCCUAACAGGUUUGAUAGGGGGCUUCCGGAAAGGGAGUCGGCGCGCUUCCGGUUCAUAAAGAAAAGGCCCGCAACAACCCACCUGUGGAAGCUGUCAAACCCCACAUCCGCUCUUCUGGUGGACACAGCAACAGAUUUACACAAGUCUCAUUCAGCCCAGGAGCUGGCCUCGGACCCUCCCCGCUCUCCUCUGCCCUCUAGUGACAGACGGGAGGCAUUCCAGAGACCUCAACAGCUCUUCAUGGACCACGACUCUGCCCGAUCCUCCUCUCAUCUUUCCUCACCCACUUCUGGGUCCCCGCAGUCUCCCACGGCCUCCUCCCUGCCUUGGGAGAGCCCCAAGCUCAAAGGCCAGCGCUCCUACAUGAACCCCACCACUAGCUCCAAGGCCAAAUGCAGCAGAUCCUCCUCCCUGGGAGAGAGCCUCCACACGAAGUCUCCGCCUCUCUCUCCCUCCAUCUCCAAGGGCAGGGGGUCAUUCGAGGCACUGGUGGUUGAGCCCUCCGUCCUCACUUCACCUUCCGCCUCCACUUGCCUCUCCUCUCUCUCCCUAUCAUCCUCCUCAUUGUGUCCUCUGUCCGGUAGAUCCUCCCCAUCUCCAGCUUCCCCCCAUCCCACUGACACAGUUUCUCCCAGUUCCAGCUUAACCUUGCCCCUCAACGCCCCGCCCUCUCGCAUCCCUCUUCCCAAACAGCCCCUCAGCCCUCGGCGCAGUCUCUGCCUCGAGAUCACGUUGGGGGUCCAGGCAAGGCCCUCCCCCGCUGUUGGAGACCCUGAAAGUGGUGCAGAAUCAUCCCAAGUAAAUAAACCAAUGCAGGGCAAACAUCUGCCUCAGGGUGUGGAUCCUGCAUUGGCGAGUUCACAGCCAGUCAGGCAGAAGAGAGGCUCAGUUUGUGAGAGCACCAGGGGGUUGGUACAGGUGACUGAGGCAAAAGAGCACCCCCUGCUGUCUGCCCCGGCCAACACACUGACCACCAACCUCGACUCAGAUCACUCUGUAACCUUGGAAACUUGCCGGCAGGCCAUCGCUGAGCUUCACUGCAGUCUAAAGAGGACAGCCACCCUCUACACUAAGGUGCUGAACUGUGGUCCAGAUCCCAGCGAGGAGGAGUGGGAGAUGAGGAGGGUUCUCUCGGAGGCCCUGGGAGUGGUGAAGGCUGACCUGGAUUCCCUGCCCUGUCCCACCUUUCACCCUACCAGGACCGGGGGGGACGUAGCGGUCAAAGGCGAGGGAGAGAAGACCCUGGCCCUGCUGGAGCAGUACUCUGAGCUACUGCUGAAGUCUGUGGCGAAGAAACUCGACAGCAAGACAUGA